AUGGGUCGCCACAAAGGCAGCAAGAAGUCGGCACUUGGCGACAAUGCCAAGCUACCGCCGCUCGAAGCUUUCAACUUCAAGAGCAUUAUGGCGGAUAUGCAGCAAGACAUUGGCGCAGAUCUGGAUCGAAUAGCUGAAAUAUGCGCCAGAUCAAGAUAUUCCCUCAGUAAUCAGUAUGAAGUUCAUGUUGCACCUCACGGGUCUGGAGCUGGGUUUCUGGGACAACCAUCUGGAACCUCAUCCAGGCAUCAGGUACCGGGCGGGCCGACGCUCCAAGCCGUGUCAAGUGAUGAUGAGCAUAUGAGUGGAAGCAGGCAUAUAAAGCGCAGAAGUGGUGCUCGCAGGAGAAGCGCCGCCUAUGGCACAUUGGAGACCAUCAUGAGCUCGAGCCGGUCAUCGGAGGAGGACAAAAGCAAGAAGAAAUCAGCAAAAGAAAUUUCGAACGAAGUUCGUGGCCGGGCUGCACGGCAUCGCAAGAGCGAAUGUGGAAGUUCUCCCAGUGGUGAAGAGCAACCGAGUGGGGAGCAAGCAGAGGACCAAAAGCAGGUAGUCAGAGGCAAGUCGACCUCGUUCGUAACGGCCGUGAUCGACACUACACGCCAUCAGAGCCAAGGUGACAGCAAUUCGCCGAGGAAUUCGGGAACUGCACUAGUAGGUGAGCCUGCAAAACCUAAGACAUCGAGAAGUCAUCUCGAGAUCAGGACAUCGCAAGAAGCCCCGGGUACAGAAGCUUUCACACAGGAGCCUCCAGGGGAGCCAUCGCAAGCUGUUAUUUUGGAAUCUGUGGCUGCAGCGGCGAUCGCGAAUCCUGAAGAGCCUCGUGAGCAGUCAGGAUUGUUAUCCGGUUUCAGUCAUUGGAUACCGUGGCGUGGUACACCUGUAACAGAAGUUGCCUCGUCGGAUACAAAGAGAACGAAAUCCAAAAGUUAUGCAGCAGGCAGUCUCCGAGAGCUGCUCAAAUCAACCGAGGGGACUCCAACGGACGUCAAAGGGAAAGGUGUCGAUCGAACACCAUGA